UUCUGGGAGUCGUAGUUCAGCCUUUGAUCUGCGCUAGCGCAGUCCUGGGCGUGCAGCCUAAGGCUUUCCGCUUUUCAUUUUUGCUGGGUCCUUUCAGUUCUCGAGAUUCUGCCCUUCCCCAAGAAAGAAGAAUCAAAGAGAAAGAGGAAAUGCCUUCUAGAACCUUAACAGCUAGACGUCAGAUACUGACCUUCCAGGAUGUGACAGUGGACUUCACCCGGGAGGAAUGGAGGCUGCUGGGCCCUGCUCAGAAGGACCUAUUUAGGAAAGUAAUGCUGGAGAACUAUGAGAAUUUUGUCUUCUUGGUAGGAAUGCCAGUUUUCAAACCCAGUGUGAUCUCCAAACCGGAAAGAAGAGAAACAUCAUGGAUGCGAGAGGAAGAAGCCGCUUUUUCUUUUGAAGAUUCCCUUAUUCAGAAGACAAGAUCUGAAACCAAGAAGUCAACUCCAAAGCAGGAUAUCUGUAGAGAAAGAUCUUCCAAAGAGAGACUUAAAAAGGAUGGUCCUUGGGAUUCCAGGUUGGGAGAAGCAUGGGAUCAUGAUGUCUGGUUAGAAAGGCAAAGGGGAAAACAAGAGAGGCAAUCUAGGCAGGUAGCAGCAACUCAUAAAUGGAAUAUAUUUGGGAGGCAGCUUGUUUUGGGGGCAAUCCUUAUUGAAAACCAGAGAGUUCCUACAGGAGGAAGUGUCCCUAAGUCUGAUACAGUUGGAAAGAGUUUCAAACAGUUUUCAGGCCAAAUCAAACAUAAUAGAACUGCCUCAGUGAAAAAACGUAGUAAGCGUAGUAAAUACAGGAAGCCUUUCAGUUAUCAGUCAAACAUUAUUCAUUACCAUAGAACAAAUACUCAUAAUAAUAAUGAGCGUAGUGAAUCUGGCAAAACUUUCAGGAAUAUCUCAUGCUUUCCUAUACGUCGAAGCAGUCAUACAAGAGAAAAACCAUAUAGAUGUAAUGAAUGUGGGGAAAACUUCAGCCAGAAAGGAAACCUUAAUGCUCAUAAAGAAACUCAUACUGGAGAGAAACAUUUCGAAUGUCAUGCAUGUGGAAGAGCGUUCAGAUACCAUUCGUAUCUUGUACAGCAUCAAAUAAUCCAUACUGGAGAGAAACCCUACAUAUGUAAUCAAUGUGGAAGAGCGUUCAACCGGAAAGGAAGCCUAAGUAGACAUAAAAUGACUCAUACUGGAGAGAAACACUUUGAAUGUAAUGAAUGUGGAGAAGGCUUCAGGUAUAGAUCAUUCCUUGUGCAACAUCAGAGAAUUCAUACUGGUGAGACACCCUAUAAAUGCAGUGAAUGUGAGAAAACCUUCAGCCAGAGGCAAAGCCUUAAAAUACAUGAAAUAAUUCAUCCUGGUGAGAAACCGUUUAAAUGCAGUGAAUGUAGAAAAGCCUUUAUCCUGAAGGGAGAUCUUAUUAAACAUAUGAGAAUUCAUACUGGAGAGAAACCCUACAAAUGUAGUGAAUGUGAAAAAACUUUCAGCUUGAGGGGAUGUCUUCGGGCACAUAAGAGAAUUCACACAGGAGAGAAACCCUAUAAAUGUAAUGAAUGUGGGAAAGCCUUUAGGCAGGGGGGAGGUCUUAGUGCACAUAAGAGAAUUCAUACUGGAGAAAAACCUUUUAAAUGUAAUGAAUGUGGAAAAGCCUUUAGCCAGAAAGGAAACCUUAAAACACAUAAGAAAAUUCAUGUGGGUGAGACACCCUUUGAAAAGAAUGAAUGUGAAAAAUUCUUCAACAGAAAGGAGAACCUCAACAGAAGUAAAAUUAGUCACACUGGAGAGAAACCCUUUGCAUGUAAGGAAUGUGACAAAAGCUUUAAGUACAGCAUAUUCCUGGUAGAACAUCAGAGAGUUCAUACUGAUGAGACACCCUAUAGGUGCGAUGAAUGUGGGAAAACUUUCAGCCAGAAGAGACGCCUUAGGACACAUCAAACAAUUCAUCAUAGUGAGAAACUCUUUAAGUGCACUGAAUGUGGAAAAGCCUUCAGCAUGAAGGGAGAUCUUAAUAAACAUAUUAGAAUUCAUACUGGAGAGAAACCCUAUAAAUGUAAUGAAUGUGAAAAGGCCUUCAGCCAGAGAGGAGGACUUUAUACACAUAAAAGAAUUCAUACUGGAGAGAAACCCUAUACAUGUAAUGAAUGUGGAAGAACCUUCAGGCAGAGGGGAGGUCUUACUGCACAUAAGAGAAUUCAUACUGGAGAGAAACCCUUUAAAUGUAGUGAGUGUGGAAAAGCCUUCAGCCAGAAGGGAAAUCUUAAAACACAUAAGAGAAUUCAUACAAGUGAGUUGCCCUUUGAAUUUAAUAAAUGUGAGGAAAGUGUUUGCCAAUAGUCCAGGCCUAAUGACAUCAGAUUAUUUGUGCUCAAGAGAAACACUGUCGGUAUAAUGCAUGUGAGAAAGCUUUGAGUCAGAGGAGAUGGCUUAAGGAACGUAGGAUAAUUCCUACGGAAGAGAAAUCUUUUCAGUGUAAUCAGUGUGAGAAAGCUUUCAAAUGGGGUAGAAACUUCAUGCAGUAUUAGGGAAUUAAUGCUGUGGAGAAACCUUCUGAAUGUAAUGAAGGUGGAAGAUCUAACGAUUAUAGCUAAUAAAAUUCAUGGUGGAGAAAACUAUUGACUAUCAAGAAUAUGUGGGAGGAUUCAGGCACAGCUCACCACUAAGCAAACAGAGGAUCCAUAGUGAAGAAAAAGCCUUUCAGGGUAAUGACCAUGGGAAAAUUGUCAACUGAAGUAGUGAUUUGAAGCGUUAUAAGAGGUUUUAUUCACCAAUUGAUUUGAAUAUUCAGUGCUAUACCAAUCAACCAACCGAAGGAUUAUUUAUAGGACCAACUAGAAAAAAUGAUAAAAUUCAUACAGAGACAAAAAAGAUCAAGAAUUUCAAGAGAAAUAAUGAAAAGAAAUGGCAAUGAAGGGGGCUUAGCAGUGUCAGGUCUCAGAUGAAUACUAUAAAGUAAUAGUUCUCAAUAAUUUAGACCAAAAAAAUAGACGAAACAGUGGCACAGAUUAGAUACACACCAUACAGAAACAAGUGUAAGUAGUAUUGUCAUAUUUGAUAAGCAGAAAGACCCCAGCUACUGGGAUAAAGUACUCACAAUUUGUCAAAAACUACCAGGACAGCAGUAUGGAAGAAACUAGAUUUAGAACAACACCUCACAGCUUAUACAACUUAGACAAAGAUAAAUUUCAAAUAGGUACAUGGUCCAGUAUAAAAAGUUACAUCAUAAACAAGAGAAACAUGAAAAAAAAUUACUUAUCAGGUCUAUGUAUAGGAAAAAAGUUCAUGAUCUAAUAUGGAAUAGAGUAUCACAGAAGAUAAAAUGGAAAUUUCUGAUUACAUAAAAAAAAAGUUUUUGCACAAACAAAUCCAACCAAGUUAAGAUUGAAAGGGAAACACCUAACUGGAGGGAAAAAACCCCAAAACAUCUUUAUAUCAAAUUUCUCUGAUAAAGGCCUCUUUUUUAUUAAUUUAUU